GUUUCAAAGUAUGCACAUAGCCCUGUGCACAAAGCUCUAGUCUUGAAAGAUUAUGCCUCUCUGAGGAAGAUAAUUGCUGUGUUGCCGCGGCUUUGUGAUCCUGCUGAGAUUCAUACUGAAUCAGUAUCACUGGCUGAGGAAGUUAAGGCUGAUGCUAUUUCUGCAGUGAUUGAUCGACGGGAUGUCCCCAACCGGGACAGCCCUCUUCAUUUGGCUGUAAAACUAGGUGAUGAGACUGCAACCGAGAUGCUUAUGCUUGCUGGUGCAGAUUGGAGCUUGCAAAAUGAACAUGGUUGGAGUGCCCUACAGGAGGCAAUAUGUAAUAAGGAAGAAAGGAUUGCGAAGAUCAUAGUUAGGCACUACCAGCCUUUGGCUUGGGCAAAAUGGUGUAGAAGGUUACCACGGUUGAUUGGGACAAUGAGGAGGAUGAGGGAUUUUUAUAUGGAAAUAACAUUUCACUUUGAGAGCUCUGUUAUACCUUUCAUUUCUAGGAUUGCCCCUUCAGAUACAUAUAAGAUUUGGAAGAGGGGUGCAAAUUUAAGGGCUGAUAUGACACUGGCUGGAUUUGAUGGGUUCCGAAUUCAGCGAUCCGAUCAGAGCAUUCUCUUCCUUGGUGAUGGUUCCGAGGAUGGUAAAGUACCUCCUGGAACACUUUGCAUGAUCUCACAUAAAGAAAACGAAAUUAUGAAUGCUUUAGACGGUGCUGGUGCUCCAGCCACUGAGGCAGAAGUACAGCAAGAAGUUGCUGCGAUGUCUCAAACGAACAUAUUCAGGCCUGGGAUUGAUGUCACUGAAGCCGUUCUUUUGCCACAAACAACAUGGAGGCGCCAGGAGAAAACGGAGAUGGUAGGUUCUUGGAAAGCUAAAGUAUAUGAUAUGCAUAAUGUGGUUGUGAGCAUAAAAUCAAGGAGGGUACCUGGAGCUAUGACGGAUGAUGAAUUCUUCAAUUCUUGCAAUGAAAACGAAACGGAGAGUGAAGAGUUUGAUGAUAUCCUGACAGAGGAAGAAAGGAAGCAGCUUGAGGUUGCUCUCAAGUUGGACUCUUCAGAUGAGAAUGGAGAUAGUGGGGUCAUUGCACAUCGCCAUAGUUGUUAUGAACAAAGGGAUAUUCCCAUCGAGGAGAUAAAUGGUUGCAGGAAUGACAACGACAGUAAGCAGGAAAAGAAGAGAUGGUUUAACAAUUGGAGGAAACGGGAUAUUAAGCCAGAAGGGGAGAAAAGAGCUGUUCCACCAAGAAGUUCCGUCUGUGUUGACGAGAGGGCCGGCAAUCAUCAUGAAGGCUCUCCAUCUAUAAAUGAAACUAGGGGGGGGAGGCAUUCUGUGGAUGUCAGAGCGACGAGGGAUGAGUUUAGACUAGGAAGAGAUGCAAAGGCUUCUACAUCUAGCAAUGUUGAAAAUGGAAAUCGGCGCAAAGAUGGAGGCCGAGAAAAUGAGUAUAAGAAAGGAUUGAGGCCUGUUCUUUGGCUUUCUCCAGAUUUCCCAUUAAAAACUGAAGAGCUCCUUCCUUUGCUUGACAUUCUGGCCAACAAAGUUAAAGCUAUCCGCCGGUUGAGGGAAAUGCUCACAACAAAACUUCCAAAAGGAACUUUCCCAGUUAAGGUAGCUAUUCCGGUUGUUCCAACAAUUAGAGUAUUGGUGACUUUCACUAAGUUUGAAGAAUUACAGCCGGUAGAUGAGUUCGAGACUCCUCCUUCCAGCCCUACUGCUUCAGGUAGGGAGAGUCCAGCAGUGGUGCAGCCGUCAAGUUCAUCAUGGUUUCAGUGGAUAAAAGCCCCGUAUCAUCGGCCUACUUCUUCCACAGGCAGUCCAAGUAAUAGGAUCGAAAACGUUCAAGAUCCCUUUGCAGUCCCUCAAGAUUACACGUGGAUAUCAGCAGAAGCAAAGAGGAAGAAAAUGCAGGAAAAGGAAAAGGCAAAGAAAGGAAAAAGUAGGAAACAGUAGCUGAAGCACUUGAGUUCUUUUUUUCUUUGGUGGGAGGGGUCAGGGAAGAGGAUGUUACAUUCUUCAUUAGCUCAUCUUGUUUUAGUAAUCUUCAAUAUCUGAGUAAAUCAUUGUGGGUGGUAUAAAAGUUGAAAAUCGCGAUUCUUCCAAUGCUUGUAAUCAAUAUGGAACAAUUGUUUUCAUUUCAGGUGGAUAUGAUUUCUAUUCUGUUC